GUCUCUCCAAACCAAACCCAGAAACUCCGUCCAGACGUGUUCCGGUGCAGCCAAGAACCAGUUACAGAGAGAGAGAGAGAGAGAGAGAGAGAGAGAGAGAGAGAUGCGGAAGAUCAGUUCCCUGUGCGGAAGAAUUACGAGAUUACCCCCCGAAAAACCAACGAAGCAAUCUCAUUCAUUUUUUCUCGCCUCUCACUCUUUCGGUUUCCUUAGCGACGGUGGUUAUGGCGGUGGCGCUGAGCCUCAGCAGAAUAGCUCCAGGGUCAAGAUCUUCGAUCGAGACCUCAAGCGCAUACAUCGUGACCGAGCGGCGUGGCUGUCUCGACAUAGAAAUGACACUUUUGUCGACGCUGUUGCAGAGAAUCUGCUUGACCGCUUAGAGGAUUGUAAGAAGCGUUUUCCCACUGCAUUGUGUUUGGGAGGAUCUCUUGGUGCUGUUCAGCGAUUGCUACGUGGUCGCGGUGGGAUUGAAAAGCUUAUCAUGAUGGAUACCUCAUAUGACAUGAUUCAGUCAUGUAGAGAUGCUCAACAAGAUUCGCUCCUUGAAUCCAUCGAGACAUCUUAUUUGGUCGGUGAUGAAGAGUUUCUUCCAAUCAAAGAGAGUUCGGCUGAUUUGAUCAUAAGUUCGUUGGGGCUUCACUGGACAAAUGAUCUUCCAGGAUCCAUGAUCCAGUGCAAACUGGCGCUGAAGCCUGAUGGCCUAUUCUUAGCAGCAAUUCUUGGCGGAGAAACCUUAAAGGAGCUGAGAAUAGCAUGCACUUUGGCUCACAUGGAGCGCGAAGGUGGCAUUAGUCCCCGGUUAUCGCCUUUGGCACAGGUUAGGGACGCAGGGAAUCUCUUAACGAGGGCGGGUUUUAGUCUUCCUGGGGUUGACGUUGACGAAUAUGUUGUUAAGUACAAGUGUGCGCUGGAUCUUAUAGAGCAUCUUCGUGCUAUGGGUGAAACAAAUGCUCUUCUUCAAAGAAACAAGAUUUUGAACCGCGAAACUGCACUUGCCACAGCAGCCAUAUAUGACUCCAUGUUCGCCACAGAAGAUGGCACUGUCCCUGCUACUUUUCAGGUGAUUUACAUGACGGGAUGGAGAGAACACUCGUCUCAUCCGCAGGCCAAGCGGAGAGGCUCAGCCACGGUAUCCUUCACGGAUAUCCAGAAGCAAUUUGGCGGUGAUAACCUUGAAUCUUGAUUGGUUGAUUGAUGAGGAGAUCAGGGCCGUGCCCAUGUUAAAGAGAAAAAUAAACACUUCGCCUACGAGCUUUGUGAAUAUACAUAUUUUUUUGGGAUACAUUUUGAUAUUAAAAAGAUUGGGACAAUGAUAAACUUAUUCUAAACUAUUAAACAUAAUAAAUCGUAUUCAAC